UCGUUUUGAAAUACGGAAUGUUGUGUACCGAAAGGUGUGUGGUCAUUAAAGUUUCGUAGCAAGAUGGCCAACCCAAAUGUAACCAAAUGGAUCCCGCCCUUACCCCCGGGAUGGGAAGGUCGCUGGGACGCCAACCAACGUACAUAUUUCUUCAUUGACCAUGCAACAAAAAAGACAUCAUGGGAGGAUCCUCGCUACAGCUCACAAGCGACUGCUCAACCACCAUUUCCUCCUCAGAAGUCCUUGUAUAAAUCAAAGGACAUGCCUGGAAUCUCAACUGAGCCUACAUUUGUCAAACAAGAUACAAUGGCUAACAAGAUACAUAUGGACUACCCACGAGUUCCUUUGGACACGAUUGCAGACAUUGUCAGCGCGUGUAACUUAAAUGAGCAGGAGGCCAGGAUAAUGCUUACAAGAAUGGGUUACCAGAAAGGUGGUGAAGCUAAUUCUCACUCAAGCUUGAAAACUGAGCAGCCAGCAUUCAGGCCCAAGUCACCUGCUAAGGGGAAGGCCAAGUCACCAUCAAGGUCUCCUGCAAGGUCACCUACACCGCCAAAAUCAGCUCCUAAGCCAGUAUCGGAGGCAGAGAAGAAGAGAAUUUUGUCCAAACUGAAAUCAGAGUUCCCUGCCCUGGACUCUGUGGUGGUGACGAUGGCGCUUGAUGUUUGUGAAUACAAGGAGGAUCAGGCAAGGAUCAUACUGAAAAGUUGGGGAGAUAAUGAUAAAGGAGGCAGCAAGGCACAAUCACGUCCAAUGUCAGGUUCUAAGACAACAGAAGCAGCUGCUCUUUCCUCUUCAUCCCUGGAGCCUGUUCCUUUUGGCGAUGAUGGACGCCCUUCAUCUAGAAGAAGUGAUGCACGGCCUUCCUCUAGUAAUAAGUCCAGUCAGCCCAGAUCUGGUCAGCCCAAGAAGACAACAUCUGUAGCAACAACCCACCCAGGCCAUAAGAGGAAUAAACCAACACAUGUUACCAAAAUGAGUGAGAGACUGUUGACGAGAGCCAGUCUUCUCACAAAUCUAGUGACCGUCUGCUGUCAGAAUACAGUCAGUGCUAAUUCUACAAGACAAACACAGCCUAGCAACCACGUUGUAAUCAACCAACCGAGGGCCAUCUCCACCAAUAGGACCCCAACUAGUGGUCCCAACACAGGUCUGAGAAUGGGACCAGACAAAACUAUCCUCCUUUCGGAAUACACCUUGGUUCAUGGCCCAAACCCUUCCAAUCGCCAAGGACCGGAACCAUCUAGGAGUUCUGGGGCUCAGGGGGCCACUGGACCUGACCCCAUGAAUCACUGUGGGUCUGAAGCGCUGGUUAACUCCAGACCCCAGGCCAGCUAUCAGUCCUUCUUGGUAACAAGCAUAUAAGAUACCUCUACUGUGAAGCUGCUAACAAUACUAGCAGAUAACCAUUAUCUCGUAUAGCUGUCGUAAGUAUUUCAGUGGUAAGUGAAUCUUGUCAGAAGAAUUAGUUUGAAUUUCAGAUAUACAGAUAAUGAUUGAUAUUCUUCUAUAAACAGAAGAAAUGAGAGUAACAGUCAGUUUAAAGCACUUCUUCUCCAACAAAUGAGAAAAAAUGCAGGCAAAUAUAAACUAUGAAUGAUAUAGAAGAAGUAUUUGAAUUAUUUUCUUCUUAUUUUACCGGUAUUGAUAUUUAGACUUAAAGAGCGACCUCGAUAUUCUUGUAAUUGUUCUUGGUAUAUUUUCAUGGAAACAAAUACUUACAGAUGUAACCUUCUUCAUGUUAACCUCUUGUUAGUAAUUUUACACACAUUGGGAUAAACAUUUUGUCAAAUGUUCAAGGAUCCCUGAACCACUGCCAAAAUCUGUACUUAACUGUUUUCCCCAGCAUGACUAUGGCUUUGACAAAACGUUUCUGAAAAGAAAACCAUACCUUACAGGACUUUUAUGAAAAGUAAUAAAAAUGAAAUAAAUAAACUACAUGUAUGAUCAAUAAUAGUGUUUUGAGGGUAAAACUUCAGUGGGGCUAGACCAGGAUUUAAACACUGGACCUCAAAUUGUUAAACUAUUGCUCUAAUUGAUUGAGCAGCGUUGUCAUCAGAAGUAUUCUGCCCAAACUUUUCUACCAUUAUAUCCAAACAGAAGUUAAGGGGAGGUUACUGCAUAUAGGAAAAACAUAGUGCAGUGGGGCAAGGAUCCUUAAGGAAGUUAAGGGGAGACGGAGGUUACUGUAUAUAGGAAAAACACAGUGCAGUGGGACAAGG